AUGGUUGGAAAUUCCUCCAAUCCUGCACAUGGGCAGGAACAUGGGCAAUCCAUUGUCACACUUAGGUCAGGGAGACAAGUGGACAAUCAAGUAGUUCUGCCAAAAGAGAACCCCAAUAUGCUACAAGGGCAAGAUAGUAACAACAAUGAGGGGAGAGAUGCUGAGCCUUCUGGAGUUAUACCCAUUGUUGAGGAUCCCCCAAGGAUGUUUGUUCCCAAACAAGCGCUGUCAUAUGCCAAGUUCUUCAAGAACUUGACUACUGUCAAGAUAAGGACGAAUGUCUUGAAGAAGGUGUUUCUGACUGAGCAGGUCAUCUCAAUCCUUCAAUGCAAGCUGCCCAUCAGGUAUAAGGACCCUGGGUGUCCCACCAUUUCUUGCAUGAUAGGAGUCAGCCGGAUUGAAAAGGCUUUAUUGGACCUUGGAGCAAGUGUGAAUCUUCUGCCCUAUUCAGUAUACUUACAAUUGGAGUUAGGGGAAUUGAAGCCCACAUCUAUGACACUCCAAUUGGCUGACAGGUCGAUGAAGAUUCCAAGGGGAAUAAAUGAGGACGUAUUAAUCAAGGUGGACAAGUUCUAUUUCCCUAUGGAUUUCAUUGUGCUAGACACAGAACCGGUUCAGAAUGUUGGGAUUCAAAUACCGGUGAUUUUAGGGCGACCAUUCUUAGCUACGGCUAACGCCCUGAUCAAUUGUAGGACGAGGGUGAUGAAGAUUUCUUUCAGAAAUAUGACAUUGGAGAUGAAUAUCUUUGAUAUCAGCAAGUAG